AAAGAAAAAUACAUCAAAUUAUUCAAAAUACCUACCUGUUGAUGUACAAAUAAUUAAUAAUAUUACACAAAAUACGAAAAGAUCUUGACUAUAAAAAAUAAUGUAAUUCAUUCCUGGAGUCACAUUAUGCGAAAUAUAACCAAAAAUGUGUUGAAGUCCAGCACAGUGGCAUUAUAGUAAUGAAUGCUGCAAGUCUCGUGCUGAAGUUGUGCAACUUAGGGCUGGUUAUUGGCGCAGCAGGGCUUUGGGCCAGCGCGGGUGUCGACGCCAGGCCGAAGGAUAAAGAUGAGCAAACUUUAGUAGGGGGCGCUAUAUGGACGCAAACAUUGAUACCGAUAGGGUUAAUAAUAUCCGCGAUUGUGGACGAACGGUUGGAUUCCUUUGUUCACGCCUAUUAUUUACUCGCCGGUUGGAUAGUGUUAGGCAUAACUGGAAUUAUGCUGCUUGUUGGAGAAAGCAGAAAGUUUAAGAAACAAAGCCGGACAAGAUUAGGCGUAACUCUAAACACUGAGCCACCACAACUGCGUCGAUCUUUCGACAGGAUAUAUUUUGGAAUCGGUGUGCUUUUGUCGAUAGCUUCAAUUGUUACGUUCGCUGACUUUGUUUUAAAUAUUAUGAUUGAAUAACCUUUCCAUGUGCGGUCUUAGACCGCACAUGGAAACGUACAAACGUCUCCAUCAGAAGAAUAAACAUUCUUAAGAGGCAAAAACUACAUAUUAUACUUAUUACUUACCUAUUAUCUACCUAGGUGUAUACUUACACCUUAUUUUUGGAGCUGUUGCAUUCUCCGCCUUUUGGACAAUGAUGUUUAUGAAAGCUAUCAUUUCUACUAGUCAACAUGAAAACAGUACUGUUAUGAAAAAUAAUGUAACCCUGCUAUUGCACCACCU